AUGGAGAAGUUGCAUACCUGUCUGGAGUGCGGGAAAUGUUUUUCAUGUAAAUCCUAUUUUUAUAUAUACCAGUGA